UAUUCUUCUUCGUCUUAAUUUAAACCCUUUUUGUAAUUACUGAUACGGUCGAGAGCAAACAAGAAUUUGGAAUUUUUUUAUGAACUUUCGUUUUCAGUUAUAUUCAAAAUUGCAAAAUUUCCUCGAAAGUCUAGGUUGAUUGGAGUUGGAGUUCUGUAUAACAAUGUCCUCGCGGUUCCAGGCUGCUUCGCUCGUGGCAUCACCUUCUUACCCAAAUGCUGUCGCGUGGUCUGACGAAAAUUUGGUGGCAGUAGCCUCUGGCAAUAUUGUUACCAUACUGAAUCCGGCUAAACCAUUUGGUCCUCGGGGUCUGGUGACUAUCAAUGCCAGCAAGCCUUUUCCCAUUGGGUUGAUUGAGCGUGAAGAUUUGCUCUCGGAUUGCUUGCUACCGGUUUGUUUAUCACGGGAUACUCGUCCUUGUGUCAGGUCAAUUUCUUGGUCUCCUGUUGGUUUGGGGCCCAACUCAGGUUGUUUGCUUGCUGUAUGCACAACUGAAGGACAAGUGAAGAUUUAUCGCAUGCCGUUCUGUGAGUUUUCUGCAGAGUGGGUAGAGGUUGUGGAUAUAUCUGAGAUGCUGCAUGCUUAUCUCCAGAAUAUCAAUUUUGGGGAGCCAGGAAUUAUAUCUUCAGAAAAUUGUGAAGAGCCACAACUUCAAGAUAACAGAGAUCAGGAAUGUGCUGAUGACCUGCCCAUCUCCAUGUUAAGAAAUAAACACAAGCGAAGGAGGCAAGAUGCACUAAGCGUAAAGUCACUGUUCAUCAAUUUCUUUUGUCAUUUUCUUCUGAUUGUGAAGAUCUGGCAGGCAAGUGGCGAAGAAAUGAUGAAGUCAUCGAAAGUUAAUUAUGCUUCCUUCUUUCUGUUGAAGGAGGUUAUGGAAGUUGAUUCUAUCACAGUCUCUAUUCUAUCACUUAUUGUACCUGUGCAAUCACCACAGAAAAUGCCAUUGGCUAUUGGCAAAGGAUCUGGAAAAUUUGAAGUAUGGAUAUGUGAUAUCCCUACCAGAAAAUUCGAAAAAGUUGGUUUUUAUGAUGCACAUGACCACAUUGUUAUGGGUUUAGCCUGGGCUUUUGAUGGGCGUUCUUUGUACAGCUGCAGUCAGGACAACUCUAUAAGGAGCUGGUGUUUACAUGGAAACUGUCUGUAUGAAGUUCCAAUUCCUUCAAAUACGCCUGGUGUGAAGUGCUCCACUGAUGUUCCCAAUGCAUUUGAUUCUUGCUUUGGUCUAGCGGUAUCCCCUGGAAAUUUAGUGAUUGCUGUGGUUCGCAGAUUUGAUUCCGAUCUACUAAAUCCUAUGUACCAGGAAAGGACUCAGAAAGCUGCUGUCGAGUUUCUUUGGAUUGGAGGACAGCAGUUGGACAUUUUCGCUGAUGUAUGUCCAGAUUUUGAAGUUGAUGCUUUUCCUGGUUUCCCUGAGGAAGAGCUAAUAUGGUGGGAAAGAAAUAUGUUAUGGUCUCUGCGUCACUCUGAAUAUCUGGAUAACCCACUGGUUCUUUGGGAUAUUGUGGGAGCACUCCUGGCCUUUAAACAGUCCAUACCCAAGUUCGUGGAGCAUGUCUUACACAAAUGGUUGACAUCUUACUUCAGAUCCCAGUUUGACACUCCUACAACAUUUUUGCUUGAAGCCUCUAAAUCUCUUUCCAAGCUUUCAUCUCGCCAGUUACAUCAUUUGAACAUUAUCAGCAGGCAUGUGGUACUUAAAGAGCUAAAUGCAGACAAGAACGGUGGGCAAGAACAGGAAUUAGAAGGGUUAAGUUGUGCUGAAGAAGAACAGUUAAAGUUAUGGAUGGAAUUGCUCUCGAACAGUGAAAGGGAACUGCAAGAAAGGCUCGUUAGUCUCACCUUUUCUGCCAUUUUAAGUCUACUGUCCAAUUCAAAAAUGGAUUCUUCUAAAGUUGGAUGCUGGAGUCCUAUUGGAUCAGCACAGAUGGAGCAGUGGGUUUCACGUAAUUAUAAAUAUGUGAAGGAUUAUCUUAAGUUUCUUGUAGCAGAAGUUGGAAAAUAUGACAAGAGGAGACUAAAGGACAUUUGUGGAUGUGAACUGGAAGAGCGAUGCAGUUACUGUUCAGCAAUUGUUCCAUUUGAAUCGACAGAAUUUGCAUUUUGUUUGGGAGUUAAGGGUAGUAAUAGGGUAGGCCAGAGCCAUAAACUUGUGCGCUGUGCUGUUACUAUGCGUUGUUGCCCCACUACCCCCUUAUGGUUUUGUGUAUGUUGUCAACGAUGGGCUUCAAAGUUGACUCCUCGAGAUCUAUUCACAAUGCCUGGAUAUCUUUCAGAUUUGCAAUCUUUUCUCAGGCCUUCAUCUGUAGGAUCAUCUCUACCAUACUGUCCUUUUUGUGGAAUACUUCUACAAAGAUUACAGCCAGAUUUUUUGCUCUCACCAACUCCAGUGUAAAUUUAAGUUUUCCACCACAAAAAUUAUUACAUGGUAGAUAUAUAUUAACUUAUUGAAAUUGGUUAAUUUGCCAACCAAAAAUGUCCAUUUUUUCUGCUGCGUGUGUCAAUGUGAUUCGGUCAUGCAGUUACUCCACUGGUGUAUCACAUGUUUAUUCGUAGAAUUGAGUUUGCCAUCAGCAUUCAGGAACAUGUGGUGAAAUCAGUCCUCUGUCCAAAAGGCACAUCUCUAUCUUAUUAGGCAAUGCUUGGCUGCUCGGUCUCCACUGGUAGUGCCACUCAGCUGCUGGUGUGAAAUGAAUCUACUUGCAUGGUAGGAGAUGCCAGUUUUAAAUUCAAAUUGUCUAGGUAAAGUUUGUUGAGAUUGGAUUAAAGAACCCGUGAACAAGUAUCCAGAUCUAACCUUUUCAUGCUCCUUUGACUAUGUUGAAAGUGGAAAUAAGGUUAGUUACAAGGCUUACUAUCCUGCCAACUUCAGAGAGAAUGUUGAAUGUCAAGGCAGUUCAGCUUAGUAAUAAUCCAGGUGAGAGAAUGAAUUGUGGGGGUGAUGGAGAAGAUGGGUUUCAGAGUGGACAAGGGGUCUAGAGGAAAUGCUCUUGAAAUUGAAGUGAUGGCCGAGGAAACCUUCGCUCGCUGAAAACUGUGGUGGUAGGCUGGUAGCCAUCACAUAUUGGUGGUGCCCUGCCACAUGCUGCAGCUGCAGCGCACUUUGGGUAUUAUAGUAAGGUUUUUGUAAUGCAUCAGCAUGCUUGCUCUGACGGUGAUACCUUUAUGUAUUUAUUUAUGUUCCGUUUGGUUGAAAAUUUGAGAAUAUAGUUAUAUGGAAACAAGGAAUAUUUAAAUCUCUGUUUAUUUCUUGUACCUGUUACCUUGAUUGGUUUAGAUGAAAUAUAAUCAGCUGUAUUAUAGGACUAUUUGGAUUAUUUUGUUGGAUAAUAGCACCAAGAAUCAGACUUUGCAUAUUAAUUUCCAGGGAUGCUACACAUACAUCAGGGUGUCCAUACUGGUAUUCACCCCCUCACAUGGAGGGCGAUCCACUUCAAAUAAAAUAUAAUCUAUCCAAAGUAGAUCCCCCUCCCGAACGGAUACAACAUUAUGUACAG